GGGCCACCUGACCCUGCAGGUGGGGAAUGGCUCCUUGCAUUAGUAGGAGUAAGAAGAGUAGCUGCUACGGCAUUGAGUUUAUCUCCUGCUCUUUGGAUUUUGAUUUUUCAUUGGAUUCCCUGGCGUGGUUUCGCUUCAUCUGUGUGAUGUUCUCCCUUCUCACCUGCCUUCUCACAAGCCUUCAAGAAACUGACGAAAUUACUUAGGGAAGAAACUAGUGAGGUGUGUGAGUGUACGUUAUAUCCUGCUGUUCGCUGUAAAGAAAGUGGCCCAAGACCUGCACCUGUGGACAUCUUCGAGUUGUGGAAAAAACGAAGAUAAAAUGAACACAGACAACAGUUCCAAAUCCUCCUCUGGGUAUAAAAGGAUUAAAACAAAUCCUGCUUGUGAAGGGCAAAAAAGAAUUCUAAGGAAUGAAGAAUAUUUUAUGGCAGUUGCUGUUUUGUCAAAGCUAAGGAGCGGAGAUCCUAAUACCCAGGUGGGUGCCUGCAUUGUUAAUCCUGACAAUAAUAUUGUUGGGGUUGGCUAUAAUGAAAUGCCACGUGACUGUGAAGGUCAGUUCCCAUGGGACAAUGAGCUGAAGAAACAGAAAGACAAACAGGAUGACAAUAAGGAAAAGCCAUGUCUCUGUGAAUGUCACAGACAACACCUGAACACCAAGUAUUUUUAUGUGUGCCAUGCAGAGCUGAAUGCAAUUAUAAGCAGUAAUGCAGCGAAUUUGAAAGGAUGCACAAUCUAUGUCACCCUGUUUCCUUGUAACGAGUGUGCAAAACUCAUCAUCCAAUCAGGUAUAAAAAAUGUGGUUUAUUUGGAUAAUAAAUACCGUGCUAAAGUACAAACAAAAGCAUCCAGAAUAAUGUUGGAUAAGGCAAACAUUGAAUACACGAAGUUUCAAGCGUGUGAGAACAUUGUCAUUGAUUUCAACUCAAACAAAUAAUGAAAACAGCAAGAGCCCCAGUGAAUUGUUUCAUUUUAUCUGACAGAGCUUUAAAUGUAUUUUAUGGUUUCACAUUACUGCAGGGGUGUGUGCUAUAAUUCAUUAUGAUAUCUUUUAAUUUGCAGUUUGCUUUGUUAUGUAAAACCAUGGUGUAAAAAUACAAAGUAUAAUAUUCUACUGAUUUUCUUUAAAAAGUUCACUGCACUAUUUUCUGUAGAGUGAUAUGUUAACUUUGUAGUGCAAUUAAAAUUGUUUGACUAUGAAAAAUGUAAUUAAAUGCACUUUUGAAAUUGUUGACUAGUUAAGAAGUUUGCUAUGUAAAGGAAACGGAUUUAUAAUAUAAUAAAAUUAAAUUUAGAGUUAUUUAAUGAGCAUUCUUCUAACUGAAUGUUUUUCACACAAAAACAAUAGAUUUAGGUUUUAUCUUGACCUGCACUGUCUACUAGUUAGGAAAAAGGUUCAUUAUAUUAAAUCUCUUAUAGUAGAUUUGGGGUUACUAUUAUACAGUAUGUGAACACCACCAACAGUGUAUCAAUAAAAAUAA